AUGAUUCGUAUCGUGUGGGUGCUCGUAGCCACCAUGCCGUGGCUGCUGCUGCUGCUCUCGGGGCCUCCUCUCUGGCCCUCGUCGGAACAUGAAGCAAAGUCAAGCUGGAGCUGGCGGACGCUGGACGUCUCGUUCGGAUCUGUGUCAAUGCUGAAUGGUGUAGCCACUUUCGAGUGGCGGCAGCUCCUGCGGUGGUGGAGCGGAAGACGAGAGCUCGCACUGACGCUGGACACGUGGCCCGAGCCGGAGAUCGACAUGGACGAGUGCGUGACACACUACCGAGACGCCAAGCACAACGAGGUCUGCGUCAUCAGCAGCUAG